UUCACCAUUAUGGAGACCAUCGUGACAUUUAUUACUGAUAUUUUCCCGGAGCUGCGAAUCAAGAAGGCAUGGGUGCUUUUAGUUGCAUGUUGCAGUAUGUUUCUAGCGAGCACCAUCUGCGUAACUGAGGCAGGGGUAUACUGGAUUGGACUUUUAGAUUCAUACGCGGCUGGUUUCAACAUUCUUACCUAUGCCACCCUGGAGUGUUUGGUGAUUUCGUGGAUGUACGGAUACGAUCGAUUCAAAAACGAUAUCGGAGAAAUGAUUGGACGAUCAAGGCUGAACUCGAACAUGUUCUACUAUUGGCGGAUCAGCUGGUGUUUUAUGACGCCACUAGCACUCAUUGUGGUACAGGUGUACAGCUUAAUUUACUGGGAAAAGCCAUCAUACAACGGGGAUUACCCUGAAUGGGCUCACGUCAUUGGCUGGCUCAUCUCAGCAACUACUUUUAUUGUUAUGCCCUUGUUCAUGUUGGUAGAAUUCGUAAAAUCAUCCGGAACCGUACUGGAGAGACUGAAAAAAAUCACCAGCCCAACACCAGACUGGGGUCAUCGUUCAGGGGGAAGUGCUAUGUACAGUGAGCGUUGA